AUGGACAAAUUGGUGGUUUUGCAACGGGUAUUAUCUGCAAAUAUAUCACUUUAUCACAAUCAUGGAAAUUUUAUUGAUGAAUUAGUUGAAAAAGGAAUUAUCCAAAAAUUUGAAUUUACCAUCAACAAUUAUGGUAAAGGUGAUAAGAUAAAGAAAAAGAAUGAUAAAAAAAGUAUUCCUGAUAAUAGUAAAGGAAUGAAGAAGCAUCAGCCACUGUUAUCAGAUGAAUACUUAAUUGAGGAUGAGAGAAUUCGUAUUGAAGAAGCAGCUGGAGAGGACAUUGCUAUACCUAUUUUACCAGAAAAUUUAUUGAUGAAAGAAAAAGAUGAUAAAUAUAAAUUAGCAUCAGCUAAUGAAUAA